AUGGCAUCCCUCGCGUUCCCAACCCUCGCCAAAAAGGCCACACUGAGCGACGGAACCACAUACGGUUAUAUCCAUGUCCCCCCCGCCGCUCCAUCCAAGCCGACCUUCCUGCUGCUCCACGGCGCGCCGAGCUCAAGCUACAUCUGGCACCACCAGAUCGAGCUCUUGCCCAAGGCUGGCUUCGGUGUCAUUGCGCCCGACCUCCUCGGCUACGGGGACACGGACCGGCCGGAAGCGCUUGAGGCGUACCAGUUCAGUCGCAUGGUGCCGCAGGUUUAUGAGUUGGUGACCAAGGCGGUUGGGGUUGAGAAGGUGAUUGGGGUUGGGCAUGAUUUUGGCUCACCUCUGCUGUCGCACUUAUACGUGCACCAUAAGGAGCUCUUUAGUGGGCUGAUCUUUGUUGCUGCGGGUUUCACCAUUGUUGAUACACGGUUGAAUCUCGAUACCCUGAUAGCGGUGUCCAAGCAGAUGCUCGGAUACAGCACAUCAGGCUAUAUGCAAGUCUUCCUCUCCUCUGAGGGAUCGUCUCUGGUGGAGAAGAACGCUGGUGCGUUUGAUUCUCUGAUGUUCGCCAAAGACCCUGAGGCUUGGAAAGAGCAUCUUUGCGCCGAAGGCGCUCUGCAAAAGUUUCUCGAAGCAGGAAAAGAGCUGCCUGUCGCCGACUGGAUCUCUCCUGAGGAGCUGGCGACGCAUCAGCGGAUUCUUAAGGGCGGUUACGAUGGCGUUUUCAACUGGUACAAGGCUAUUGCUUUUCUCGACCCUGCAAAGGAGGACCAGGACCUCAGCUCUGAGGACCAGAAGAUUACGGUACCGACCCUGUUUAUCGCUACGACCAAGGACUACGCCAUCAUCCCUGCUGUCCAGGUGCACAUGACUAGGGAAGCGGCUCAAGAUAAUCUGAAGAUUGAGACGCUUGAUACCGGUCAUUGGGCUAUGUUGGAGGCCAAGGAGACGGUGGAGAAGAUGUUUGAGGAGUUUGCCUCGGGCCUCUCUAUGUAG